CGCCCACUUCGACAAAAUGCGCUACUCAGGUCUCCUGGCAGCAUCAUUUGCGACCGGCGCUCUUGCCGCGUUCGGUGUGUCAAACCCUCACAAGAAGGCAGCUGAGCACAAGGUCCUUAAACCUCGAGCGGCGCCAGAAAACGCACGUUUGACCAAGAGGGCUUCACCUGCCUACUUGACACCAAAGACUGAAAAAUUCGCUGUCAACGGUACCGGAGUUCCUCUGGUAGACUUCGACAUCGGCGAGUCGUACGCCGGCCUCUUGUCCAUCAAUGCCAACGCUACCAACGAGAACGAGCUCUUCUUCUGGUUCUUCCCCUCCGACAAUCCAGAUGCCUCUGACGAAGUCACCAUCUGGCUCAACGGCGGCCCAGGUUGCAGUUCUCUUGAUGGCUUGCUCCAGGAGCAUGGUCCCUUCCUAUGGCAGUCCGGCACCUACGCCCCCCAGCCAAACCCCUUCUCAUGGACCAAUCUGACAAACAUGGUCUAUGUCGACCAGCCGAUCGGCACCGGUCUUUCCCAGGCAGCACCUGGGGCACCUGCUCAGAUCAUGAACGAGACACAGGUUGCCGAACAAUUUGCAGGUUUCUGGAAGAACUUUAUGACUUCCUUCAAUAUGACCGGCAGGAAAGUGUACAUUACCGGCGAGUCUUAUGCUGGCAUGUACGUUCCAUACAUUGCAAGCUACUUCCUGGACCAGAACAACACCGACUACUACAACGUGAAGGGAAUCCAGAUCAAUGAUCCCAGCAUCGGUCUUGAUUCGGUCCUGAUUUAUGCACCUGCGGUCACGCAUUUGAACAACUACGAAAACGUGUUCGCUCUCAAUCAGACUUUCCUGACCGAGAUCAACCAACGCGCCGAGACAUGCGGAUACUUUUCCUUCAUGGAAGAAGCAUUGACUUUCCCACCAAAGGGCAAAUUCACUGCUCCCAAUGUCACCGCACCAGGCUGUGAGGUAUGGGACGACAUUGUGACUGCUGCUAUCUACGUGAACCCUUGCUUCAAUAUCUAUCACUUAACCGAUUACUGCCCCUUCCUCUGGGACGAGCUGGGUUUCCCGUCCCUCGGAUCUGGUCCAAAUAACUACUUCAACCGCACCGAUGUUCAGAAGGCUCUCCAUGUCCCUACCACCGACUAUACCAUCUGCGGUGACGACACGCUCUUCCCCGAGGGUGACCAGUCUGAACCCUCAAGCUUCACGGCCCUUCCUCACGUCAUCGAGCUCACCAACAAUGUCAUCGUCGGUAGCGGUAUGUUGGACUUUUUGCUGCUGACCAACGGCACGCUCAUGACCUUGAACAACAUGACCUGGAACGGCAAGCAGGGCUUCUCCUCUGGCAUUAACGACGACUUCUUCGUUCCCUACAACCCCUCGAUCGGCAUGGUUAUCGAAGAGACUGAGAAUCAGCCCAUCCCCGCUACCCCCGUCGGUCUAGUCGGUGGUGGUGGUCUGUUGGGCAAGACGCACACCGAGCGUGGACUGACGUUUGUCACGGUUGACCUUGCUGGCCACGAGAUCCCACAAUACGUGCCGGGUGCGGCGUACCGACAACUCGAGUUCCUUCUCGGUCGUAUCUCCAGUCUGACCCAAAUGGGAGAUUUCACCACCCAGACUGGCAACUACACUGGCAGCGUGCCACCCAACCCGUACUACGGUUCCACUGCGUCAGCUUUCAGAGCGUAAAAAAGUCUAGAGAGAAAAGGUGCAUCACUUUAUGUGUGAUGCGUUCACGAAGAUAGUAUAGUCUUCCCCUAAUGAUCA